AUGCCCUAUGGAAGAAAGUAUGACAAUACAUGGCUACUGAUUUCAAUCCUGAGCCAUUGCAGUGUACCCUUCACCCCUUUUGAUUUCCACUAUGUGAAAACACAGGCCUAGAACUUUGUCCAGGAUGCUGACACUGCCUCUGCAUUGAAGGGUGUCAGCUCUAAGAUGUGUAACGAGGAGAACCAGAAGGUUUGUGUCAUUGUCAGUCAUUCUGCUGUACCCUACUCUGUGUGGUAUGAGUUGGAGCCAGAAGAAAUGGAACAUCUAAAGCUGACCAUGAACAAACACUAUGAUGUCUCCCAGCAAACUCUUGACCUCCAGAGGCUCUGCUUUGACCCAGACUUGGUGGGCCAUGAUAUUGAUAUAAUCCUGAAUUCAAGAAAAUGCAUGGCUGCCACCCUGAAGAUCAUUGAAAAGAGUUCCCCCUGAUGUGAGCUGUUGUCCUUGAACUCGAUCAACAACAAACUGUACAGGCUGGAUGGCCUGUCUGACAUUAUACAGAUGGUCCCCACAGUCAAGAUCCUGAAGCUCUCCAAGAAUGAGGUGGGAAGAGGGAGCCAGAUCAAAGUUGGGGUUGACGACGUCAGCCUGAGAGCUGGACAAAGUGAGGGAGCUGUGGCUAGAAGGGAAUCUGUGACACCUUUCCUGGGGACCUCUGCCCCUGGGAGCAUGAGCUACCUGACAGUGCCCAUCUGCAGGAGGCAGCAGCUAUGA